AUGGUGCUGGUGACGAGGAUGGUGUUCACAGCAGUUGCCCAGGAGCACGCCGCCCUCCCUGCUGCUGCUGCUGCUGCUGCUGCUGCUGCUGCUGCUGCGGAAGACAAACAGACUCUGGCUGGACCCAAGCAACAGUUGGGCAAUUGCCAUCAAAAGUUAGGUGAUGCCCCGCAGAAGCUCGGUGAAUCUCAGCCGGAAUUGGGUGAUGCCCCCCAGGAGCUGGGUACUUCUCGGCAGCGGGCGGGGCGGCGGGGGUGGGAGGUGAUGGUGGCGCGGGUGGUGGGGUCAGAUGGGCACAGGUGGCUCAAGUACGGCCAGAAGCAAGUGCACCACUCCAACGCCACCAGGUGCUACUACAGGUGCAGUCGCUCCAAGGCCAUGCCACGCUGCCCUGCCAAGAAGACUGUCGACAUCAACUGCUGCCAUGACCCGCUCUCCCCCAGCGCCAUCCAAGUCGCCUACAGCUGCACCCCCCACAACCACCGCGCGCCUCCCAACCACGCGAGUCGUGUCAACCACGCGAGUCGUGCCAACCACGCGAGUCGUGCCAACCACGCGAGUCGUGUCAACCACACCCGUCGCACCAUUUUCACUAGUCCUGUCAACCAUCCUAGUCCAACCAACAGCCCGAAUCUCACCAACUACUCUGGUGCUCGGCCGGAGCGUUGGCCUGGCCAACCGAUUCCAGUCAGUUACAUGUCUAUACGCACCCACCCAGCUACGCCGACCCACCCGGCUGUGCCCACCCACCCGGCUGGUUUAGUGCUUGUGCACUCCGCUGCUGGUCCGGCUGUAGCUGUUUCUGCUCCUGCUCAUCAAGCUUCGGCAGUGAUUAUAGAUUCAUCCAGGGGGCUCGCUGUGCCCGUGUCAUUCAACAAGUGCCACGUCAGCGAUGGGGCCCAGCAACAGCAGCAACAGCAGCAGCAGCAGCAGCAGCAGCAGCAGCAGCAGCAGCAGCAGCAGCAGCAGCAGCAGCAGCAGCAGCAGCAGCAGCAGCAGCAGCAGCAGCAGCAGCAGCAGCAGCAGCAGCAGCAGCAGCAGCAGCAGCAGCAGCAGCAGCAGCAGCAGCAGCAGCAGCAGCCUGAGGCGGAAUGGGCGGGCGUGUGUGACCCCCUCGCAUGGCGCAGUGAAUGCCUGGGCGCGGAGAUACACACAGAGGGCUGUGUCUGCGCGGGCAUGUGUCACUCCCUCGCAUUGCCACGCACUCUCCUGGGUGUGGAGAAGCACGCAGAGGGCUAUGAAUCUGUGGCCUUGCGCCACAACUCGCUAGAGUCCUCCCUUGGUUCCCCCCUCAGUUACCCCGUUGUCUCCCCCCUCAACUUCCCCCUCGACUCCCACCUGGGAAACAUGCAUGGCACUUUCAGCUCGCCGCACACAGUGGGAGCAAAGGAAAGCAGUUCCAUGAGCCAGGAUGUCAUUGAUGAGUUUCCGCAUGAGGUGGGCGUGGUAACCACUCGUGUAACACCGAGUGGGUGUAAGCAGGGCGUUACAGCCUGCAGUGGGCAUCAUUCGGGGGUUGCAGCAUCGAGUGCUGACAAUUCUGAUGCAAACCCUGAUGUCACUGAGUAUGGUUGUUACACGGCUGCCAAGAAUAGGCAUGUGGGUGAUUGUGCUGCCCUUGCUGCUGCAGGCUCUCCCUGCACGCAUCCCAUUCAUGACCCCACUACUGAUGCCUUUCUGCCGCCCCUUGAUUUGAGCACUGUGGACCGUGGCGUGGAUGGGGAUGCGGUGGAGGGAACAGAGAGAGGCGGGGAUGCUGGUGGGGGUGUGAUGCAGCGAGGCUCGAGUGGGGUGGUGGUGGGGCCAGGAACACCCACUUGCAGCAGCAGCAGCAUGGGGUUGCGUAGCAGGAUGGGGGGAAGGGGUACUCACAGGAUGGCAAAACGCACAAGCCACAGUACUGGGGAGAAGAAUCAUAGGCUGGGUGAAAGGGCUAUUGAGAAUCAUGUGGCAGCACGCAGCGCCAGAAGCGGCAUCUUGGGUGAUAAUGGGCCGGCGAAUGAGAUGGGUGGUUAUCUCACAUACACGUGUCAAGUCCCCUCUGGGCCCCUCUUGACCUCUCCUGCUGCUGUUGCUAAAUCCAAGCGCCAGCAGAUCAUGGCGACACACGAGUCACGUGGGGGUGAGGCGAGGCCAUGUGGGGAGCAGCUGAUGGCGUGUGGGGAUAAGGUGAGGGCGUGUGGAGCAACGUGGGAUGCACAGCAACAAGUCAGCUCACACAGCGGUGAUACGAACCUCACCGACUCUCCUGGUUCAAUGUGUGGAGUGGCACCGGCCCACCACAAUGUGUUCACCUUAUCAUCUCAGCAGCAAGAGUUGGCCCCAUCAGACCAGCAGGGAAUGCUUGGGCCGGUUAUCCCUGCACCAGUGUUUGCGUUCCUAGGAGGGGCCAGCACCACCCGUGUUUCAGACUUUCUGGCUGUUGAUACGCGUAAAGAGUUGCAACCGUGGAUCGAGGGCGCACGCGCUAGGGGGGGGAGUUCGUUUUGA